AUCUCAAAGCUUUUGAAAGAAGACUUACUGAAUACAUUGCAUGUUUGCAACCAGCUACAGGACGUUGGAGAAUGAUUCUGAUAGUGGUAUCGGUCUGCACAGCAACUGGCGCUUGGAACUGGUUAAUAGACCCAGAGACACAAAAGGUGUCAUUUUUUACAUCACUUUGGAAUCACCCAUUUUUCACAAUUAGCUGUAUUACGUUAAUAGGCUUGUUCUUUGCUGGAAUACAUAAACGAGUGGUGGCACCAUCAAUUAUAGCAGCUCGAUGUCGAACUGUUCUGGCAGAAUAUAAUAUGUCCUGUGAUGAUACUGGAAAAUUAAUUUUGAAACCUAGGCCUCACGUUCAAUAAGGGCUAUCUUCCUUCAGUUUUUUUCCCACUGCCAUGGAAACCAAAAAUGACCUUUUUUUAAGGUAGUAUGACAGCAAAAUACACACAGGACUGGCUGUCACUGCCUGGGAGUGAAAGUCUUACACAGUUGAGAGUGAAAGUGUGCAAUAUUACUUUCUUGAAUAUUUCUCCAAAUUUUGUUGUCAUAUUAUCAGUGCUUUUGCUACUUCUGAUUACCUCUUUUUCAGUAUUAGUGUCACUUUUUUACUUCAGCUAGAACAGAACAUACAGGCAAAGUAUGUCAAUCGGCUGUGAAGCUAAACUUGAAAAUCAAACCUCAUUUUUGUGAUGUCUUUGUAAGCUAUUGUAAAUAGCAAGUCAAUGCCAAUGUUCAGGAAAAGUAAUAUUUGCUGGAAGGAGUUUUUUCUGUUCUCAUGAACAGUACUGAAAGGAACAUAUACCAUUCCCAUCAUGUUUUAUUAGCACACUUAUUACAGCUGUCCUUGUCUCCUGGUCACUUUCUCGAACUGGUUCAAAGGCUCGCAGAGAGACAGCCUGUCUGUGCUGGAGAAAACCUUAAGAACUUUGCAAAUGUAUCAAGGAUCACAUUUGUCAAAUCGUGUCUGUUGUGCACCAGCCACUUUGGUUGUGGUCAUACCUAGUUCCUUGUUUGAUCUGGUUCACAACACUGCUAUUUUAAGAUUUUAGUAUUUUAAACAUUGUCUUAAAUAUGCUUAUAUCCUCCAGAUUGUAACAUUGUACUGUAUCUGAAGUCCAUGUGACCAUUCUGAGUGGAUUUUUAUGCUGUGAUAGUCUGACAAUGAAAAUAGUAUUGCAAAUGUAACUUCAGAUUUGAUGAAGAGAAUAUAGGAGUGCCACAAUAAAUAACAGCAUUUGUUAUUCAGAGUGUUAAAAAGAAGAUGUGGACGUUAUAUGCGUAAAGCAUAACUUUUUAGUAGCUAAAACUGUAAAGAGUUUUAAGAGUUUAAGUUGUUCAAGGUGCCUUUUUAAUUGUUUCAAACUCUUGAUUGACUAAAACUGCAAAGCUGUUGCAACUUCUGUAACUGUACUACAAUAAGGUAGGCUGGCUUCUAAGGGCAGCCUAUUGGUGUAACUUUGUCAGUUGAGACGUUAAGAAUUGUCUCCUGUAAUUUUUUCCACGAAGUCUUCUGCCCACCCAUUAUUUUUAACUGCUGUAUAUUUUGUAGGUAAAUGUGUAUAAAAUAAAUUCUUUGUAUAAACAG